AUGCAUAAGACUUGUCGUGGAUGUAUUGAGAUCGCAUUAUUUCAGACUAAGUCGACUACGACGGAGGAGGAAGAAGAAGAGGGUGAAUGUGAGGAAUACCGUGAAGGCUUUCCAGAUGUCAACUUUGUACCACCAGAGGAGGAAUUGGAAUCUGAAACAUCCUUGCCCUCUUCAGAAUCUGAAAUCUGUCAUGAUGACCUUGAACCACCAUCGCAUUCACCAAAAUAUGAACCAUCGCCUCCGGGAGAAAUGCCGGUAUGUUAUCUGUACGAAUAUAUAUAUAUAUAUAUAUGUUCUGAUCCCCAGAAGGUAGACUGGGCGGAUCCUAUUGCUACGGAAUUCUUGGGUCACGUUGGACUUGGUUGCUACUAUAUGCAAAAGCCGAAGAUGAAGGCCAAGGCGGAGAAUGCAAACUUCUACAUUACCUUCUCAACCCGUCACGGUUUUCCCUUCCAUACCGUCACAAGGAGAACAACGACUGGAAAACCAAACCAGAUGUCGCUUGAAUUCAAGAUGUUGAUGUGUUAA